ACGCCGGGAGUUGGGCUGAGCGGGAGCGUUGUAUCUCGGUCCGGUCGCAGGAGUGGGCUUGCUGCGGCGGGGCCGCGUCUUCUCCGCGGUCGGGGGCGGAGGCCUCGCGCAGGUCGGCCGCCGCUAUGUCGUACAUGCUACCGCACUUGCACAAUGGCUGGCAGGUGGACCAGGCCAUCCUGUCGGAGGAGGACCGCGUGGUGGUCAUCCGCUUCGGCCACGACUGGGAUCCCACGUGCAUGAAGAUGGACGAGGUGUUGUACAGCAUCGCCGAGAAGGUGAAAAACUUUGCUGUUAUUUAUCUUGUGGAUAUUACAGAAGUACCAGAUUUCAACAAGAUGUACGAGUUGUAUGAUCCCUGUACAGUCAUGUUUUUCUUUAGGAACAAACACAUCAUGAUUGAUUUAGGAACAGGUAACAACAACAAAAUUAAUUGGGCAAUGGAAGACAAGCAAGAAAUGAUUGACAUUAUAGAAACAGUUUAUAGAGGAGCCCGUAAAGGUAGAGGUCUGGUGGUGUCACCAAAAGACUAUUCUACCAAGUAUAGGUACUGAUAUUCUUGGACACUUUCUUUUAGUCCACCUCCACAGUCGCCAAACUAUCCUUUUUGUAUAUAAGAUUUGAAGAUCAAUAUUUUUUUUUAUUGUGGACGUAUUUUGAACUCUUAUUUAAAAGCUGUCAAAUUCAGUUUGAGAAAAUAGAAGACAUGAAGUCUGGAACUAUUUGACUGCAGAAAUAUAGCUGGAUUAUUCUUUUGGAUUAAAAAAAUUAAACUCUCAAAUGUCAGCCUCAAUAUGAUGUAUUUUUGUAAAAAAAUAAAAAUCUAAGAUGUAGGGAAGAACAGUUCAAAUGAGUAUAUGCUGGAAAACAGUAUGGCUUUUUUAUGGAAUAAACCAAUUACGGAUGUUA